GGCGUGCGGGAUCCGGGUGGCUGCGGGCGGCCUGGGCUGCCCGGCCGACGCCUGCUGCGAGAUGGCGAUCUUGGGCGCGGAGGGCUGAGGAGGCGCCGCCGCGGUGGCCGCGGGCCCCGGGAGCCGCAGCUUCGCGCGGGGUUGUCUCCUAACCAGACUAUGAGCUCCUUGACAGAAGAAAUCGUGUCUUUCUCUUCUUUGUAUCCUCAGUGUCUGGCACAAUUCCUGAUACACAUAGAGUCAAGGUGAAUUUUGGGACAUGGCCACUGCUUCACCAAGGUCUGAUACUAGUGAUAACCACAAUGAAAGGUUACAGCUAAAGGUAACUGUUUCUAGUGCCAAACUAAAAAGAAAAAAAAACUGGUUUGGAACCGCAAUAUAUACUGAAGUUGUUGUAGAUGGAGAAAUUAAGAAAACAGCAAAAUCCAGUAGUUCUUCUAAUCCAAAAUGGGAUGAGCAGCUGGCUGUAAAUGUGACCCCACAGACCACCUUGGAGUUUAGAGUUUGGAGUCACCAUACUUUAAAAGCAGAUGCUCUGUUAGGAAGAGCAACAGUGGACUUGAAACAAGUGCUGUUAACACACAACAGGAAAUUAGAAAAAGUGAAAGAAAUAUUAAAACUUUCCCUGGAAAACAAGAAUGGCAUAGUGCAAACUGGUGAAUUGACAGUUGUGCUUGAUGGAUUAGUGAUUGACCAAGAAAAUCUAACAAACCACAACUCUUCUCCAACCAUAGAAGUACAGCAGAAUGGUGAUGCCUUACAUGAAGAUGGACACCCUUCAAUACAGACAGCUGCCAGGUUGGCUGUUGAAGGUACUAUUGGAGUAGAUAAUCAUGUACCAACAAAUACUGUUGUUGCCAACUCAUGCUGUUCACAUGUAGUUAAUGGAGAAAACACACCUUCAUCCCCGUCUCAGGUUGCUGCCAGACCCAAAAAUGCUCCAGCUCCAAAACCACUCGCACCUGAGCCUGCCAGUGACACAGUUAAUGGAGAAUCAUCUUCAUCUGUCCUAGCUGAUAAUAGCUCCACCAUGGGUACUCCACUACCAUCUGAAGAAACCACUUCGACUUCCAAUUGCACUAGCACCACCACCCAAGAGCCUCCUGUACAAGAACCCCUGGCAUCCUCAGAACACAUUGAAUGUAUUCCUUCUACCAGUGCCCAAGUGGGACCAGAAGCUCAGAGCCUCAUAGACACUGAUUCUGAUUCCAGAAACAGUUCUGUUUUUGACAAAGUCAGGCAGCCAGAAGGGUUUGCAGAACCUCUGCGACCACGGUCUAGAAAUGCCAACACAGAAUCUUUGCCAUCAGGGUGGGAACAGAGAAAAGAUCCUCAUGGUAGAACCUAUUAUGUGGAUCAUAAUACUAGAACUACCACAUGGGAGAGACCACAGCCUUUGCCUCCAGGAUGGGAAAGAAGAGUUGAUGAUCGUGGAAGAGUUUAUUAUGUGGAUCAUAACACCAGAACAACCACCUGGCAGAGGCCUACCAUGGAAUCUGUUCGAAAUUUUGAACAGUGGCAAUCUCAGCGGAAUCAAUUGCAGGGAGCUAUGCAACAAUUCAACCAACGAUACCUCUAUUCGGCUUCAAUGUUAGCUGCAGAAAAUGAUCCAUAUGGACCUUUACCACCAGGCUGGGAAAAAAGAGUGGAUUCAACAGACAGAGUUUACUUUGUGAAUCAUAAUACAAAAACAACCCAAUGGGAAGACCCCAGAACUCAAGGCUUACCAAAUGAAGAACCCCUGCCAGAAGGCUGGGAAAUCAGGUAUACUCGGGAAGGUGUUAGGUACUUUGUUGAUCAUAACACAAGAACAACAACAUUCAAAGAUCCUCGCAAUGGGAAAUCAUCUGUAACUAAAGGUGGUCCACAGAUUGCGUACGAACGCAGCUUUAGGUGGAAGCUUGCUCACUUCCGUUACUUGUGCCAGUCUAAUGCACUACCCAGUCAUGUAAAGAUCAAUGUGUCCCGACAGACCUUAUUUGAAGAUUCCUUCCAACAGAUCAUGGCAUUAAAACCAUAUGACUUAAGGAGGCGACUAUAUGUAAUAUUUAGAGGAGAAGAAGGCCUUGAUUAUGGUGGCCUUGCAAGAGAAUGGUUUUUCUUGCUUUCCCAUGAAGUUUUGAACCCAAUGUAUUGCUUAUUUGAGUAUGCAGGCAAGAAUAACUAUUGUUUACAGAUAAAUCCAGCAUCAACCAUAAAUCCUGAUCAUCUUUCAUACUUCUGUUUUAUUGGUCGCUUUAUUGCAAUGGCACUAUUCCAUGGAAAGUUUAUUGACACAGGUUUCUCUUUACCAUUCUACAAACGUAUGCUAAGUAAAAAACUUACUAUUAAGGAUUUGGAAUCUAUUGACACUGAAUUUUAUAACUCCCUUAUCUGGAUAAGAGACAACAACAUUGAAGAAUGUGGUUUAGAAAUGUAUUUUUCUGUUGACAUGGAGAUUCUGGGAAAAGUUACUUCACAUGAUCUGAAGUUGGGAGGUUCCAACAUCCUGGUGACUGAAGAAAACAAAGAUGAAUAUAUUGGCUUAAUGACGGAAUGGCGUUUUUCUCGAGGAGUACAAGAACAGACCAAAGCUUUCCUUGAUGGGUUUAAUGAAGUUGUUCCCCUUCAGUGGCUACAAUACUUUGAUGAAAAAGAAUUGGAGGUUAUGCUGUGUGGCAUGCAAGAGGUUGACUUGGCAGACUGGCAGAGAAACACUGUUUACCGACAUUAUACAAGAAACAGCAAGCAAAUCAUUUGGUUUUGGCAGUUUGUGAAAGAGACUGAUAAUGAAGUAAGAAUGCGACUCUUGCAGUUUGUCACUGGAACCUGCCGAUUACCUCUAGGAGGAUUUGCUGAGCUCAUGGGAAGUAAUGGGCCUCAAAAGUUUUGUAUUGAAAAAGUUGGCAAAGACACCUGGUUACCAAGAAGCCAUACCUGUUUUAAUCGCUUGGAUCUACCACCAUAUAAGAGUUAUGAACAACUAAAGGAAAAACUUCUUUUUGCAAUAGAAGAGACAGAGGGAUUUGGACAAGAAUGAAUGUGGCUUCUUGUCUUGGAGGAGCUCUUGCAUUUAAAUACCCCAGCCAAGAAAAAUUGCACAGAUAGUGUAUAUAAGCUGUUCAUUCUGUACAGUUAAUUUUCUGAUUCUCUCAAAGUAUAAAUGUUUUCUGUUCUUCCACAGAAAUAUGCAACACAUUUCAUCAUUUUCUACUUUAUUUAUUGUUCCCUUAAAAUGACUGACCAGGAAAAAAAUCAUCCUUAAAUUUUGAAGCAAGCAAGAGAAUUUAUUAAGUAUAUAUCUAUAUAGGCAUAUGACAGUGGCUCUAGUUUUAUAGAGCGCCAAGUGUAUUAAACAUGGCAGCCGUUCAUUCACAAAGCUCUGGAUUUGCUUUGCCUUGUUCCUGUUAUCCAGGGGAAAGUGCAAAUGUUCCAUGUUCUUCUCCCUAGGUGAUAUCUGGUUGUUUUUAGUUGCAUGGCUGUUCAGGAAGGCAUUUAGGGCUUAGGCCAACUCUAACUUUAAGUGUAUUUUUAAAAUGCUGCUGGCUUUUCUGAAGACAAUUAUUUCAACUUACAGAGUUCUAAAUGAAUAGAUAAAAAAAAAAUUUCCCAUCAUUGUUAUAUCAGUAAAUACAGAAGUCAUGUAGUAGAUCCAGUAGUGUCUAGGAGCAGCUGGAAUUGAUUUGUUGAGAAGCAGAGGUCUAUUUACAUGUUACUUUAGGAUGCUGGAUAUUUGUGGAAUUUCAAAGAAUCAGGCAUUUCUAUACUUAACAUUUUUAAACUUGUAAUGUUCUUCAAAUUUAAUUAAUAAUCAAUAGUUUAAUGCUUAGGGGUAUAUAAAUAGUACUGAACUUUGAUGCUUUUGUGCUCAAGGUUUAGUUUUAUGAAAUUAGAGAUGUAAUUAAACUAAAUGGAUUGAAAAGUUGCAUUAAGUAUUUAAACACUCACACUAAGAAUUUUCUAUUAGUGUUCGAAUAUCCCCCUUCCUUUAAAAUUCAUGAAAAUUGUUUCUAAAUUUAGUAAGUACAUUUAAAAAAAUUAUUUGUGCCCCCCAUUUUAUAUAGCUCAAGUUUUCUCCAAAUAACACUGAUUUUCACUAUAAGGGCAUUCAUGGUGUAUGAAAAAAUUAAAAUCUAAUGUGAAUGAUAUUGCUACUUUUAGCAAACUGGGCUUCCUAAUUAAUAAAAUAUUUUCCAUUUUUAUCCUUUCAAUAUGCACUGUGAAGUUCAUAUACUUAAAAUUUUGUAACUAUGAAAUUCACUUAGAAUUACAACUUCUCACUAAUUGUUUUGCCACGAUUUUAUUUUUCUACAUAUUUAGAUUAUGUUCAGUUUUAUUCAAAAUUCAAAAAACAAUAAAAGCAUUAACUUACUUAGUUGGAUAAACUACAGAAAAUCUGGUUACUUUUCAGGCUUAAAGAUUUUUUCUUUUAUUCCUAAUAUAUGGCAAGUUACAUAGUAGAGGCUGGCCAGUCUUCAAAAGUACUGCAUAAAUUAUUCUGUAAAAUAAUAAACUUGCUAUGUCCAAACGAUUAGCUUUCAUUCAGUGUAAGUAUCUGAGACUAUCAUUUUGCAGAUAUGAUUCAAGGUGGCUGUCAGGUAGGAUUUCAGGGAGCUGGACCUUUUUUGUUGUUACCUCACACAAUCCACAAGACCAAACAAGUUUUCUGGGGGAAAACUAGCUUGCAGACCUCAUCAGGCUCUUCUUUCAAUCAUACCCAGUUAUAUUUUUAAGACAUACAGGCUUGUCAUAUCUUCUCAGUAGUAAACAUAAAAAUCAGAGAUGUGUUCAUGUUCUGCCUUCUUCUGUCCUUCCCAUCCCUAUUCUAAGAAAAUGGGAGAUGAGGGAAACUCAGAGACAGGUUAAUGAUACUUUCUAAUAGUGACAGUUCCCAACGUCACCAAGAAAUUGAGCCUAGGGAAUAGCUUAAAAGAAUUUUACCAAUCAGCUCAGCCAUCUAUCUUUAGGAAAACAAACUAUUUGGUUUUUUGUUUUAUCUUUUGUCUUUUUUUUUCUAUACUUCCUAAGCAGUUGAAAAUGCUCCAGCUGACUUCAAUUAUCCACCUAGUUCUCCUAAAAACUAAAUAAAUUAGGUGUUGUGUAGCUAUCAUUCCAUUGAAGACAACCUUGCUUACACUUGGGGUUGAAAAGGACACUAAUUAGUAAGCUGGUUCUGAACUGAAAAAGCUCCUGAUGCAUAUUAGGGAGAAGUAACUGGGUUUCCCUGAAUCUGAAAACUCUUCCAGGCGCAUGCCCUGAGCUGUCACUUUAAGAGACUCCAGUUCUUGCAGAACCAUGUGGAUACACCUGCUACAUUACUGCUAAAUGUUCAUUUUCUGAAAUGAGGCCCAACAUUGCCCUGUGGCUAUUCAUAUUCCCUACACUACAGUGUUCUGAGUAAACUGAAACAAAUGGAGUUUAUUGUAGGCUUCUUGACUUCUAACAUUUAAUUAAACAUUAACAUGAUCUAGCAAAACAAAUCAGUUGUUGAAACAUGAAAUAAAAGUUCUCAUAUAACAUGCCCUACUUCUUAACCUGCUGAAUAUAGAAAUCAAGUUUAACAUCAACUGGUAAUUUGACAUAAGCUUAAAAGUGCUAUUUCCUAAACUCUAAAAGUUCUACUCCAAAUUCAACCAAGGAGAAUGCAGUUAAAAUGAUGAUAGUAUUUUUUUAAAAUACUAAUUCUAUGCCUUUCCCAUGAACUAUUCUCUUGGUCCUUGUUAACGAUGAGACAAAUCUGACAAGUUAUGUUGUACCAUCCAUUGCCUGUUGAUGAUCUACACUGGGAAUAUUUUGUCAUCAAAAAGUGACAAGUUCACUACCAAUAUGAGGGAAAAGGAGACAACCAAAUAAGCAGUUUUCCCCUGGUGUGCUUAAAGGCCUAGGCUUCCCUAUCCACUGCACUACAAAUAGACAAAUCCAAAUUCAGGUUUCACACAAUCCUAAAGGUAGAAGACACACAUAAGGAGAGGAAAAUCACCCAUUGCCUGUAUCUGUAAUAUGUUUAGUAUAUAGAAUACUACAAACUCUGUAUAUGGGGAAAUCAGCCUUUUCAAAUAAAGUAAGGUCUGAAAUGUACACAAAAACAGAGUCAGAUAGCAAUUUUAUGGGAAGGUGAAAUAAUGGCAUUAAAGGCUGCAUUAGCUGAGAAGUGGUCUCUCCCUAGAGCACACAUCAAAAACCAAGGUGACACCUUCUUGGAAGUGAAAACAAGGACUUAGAAAAUACAGAGAAUUUGUGUCCUCCUGGUCGUUUUUUCCAUAAAGGAAAAUAAGUAUACAUAAAACUUAGGUCAUACUAGCUUUAAAAUUUUAUUAGCAUAUAUUCACUAUACAAAAUAAUGGGUUUCACUGUGAUAUUUUCACAUGUGCUCUGACAUUUCCAGCCCACCAUUACCUCCUUCCUCUUCCCAAGUAAUCUGCCUUCUACUUUCAUGUUAUUUGUUUGUUUGUUUGUUUGUUUAAUUUGGAUCCACAUGCAGUAUCCAUCUGAGCUUCUAUAGGCUUUACAAGAUCAUCUUCAGUUCCAUCCUUUUGGCUGCAAAUGAGGUAAUUUCACUUUUUAUGGCUGAAUAAAACUGGUUUGUUAAUAUGUACAUUUUAUUUGUCUACUUGAUAGACAUCUACACUGAUUCCAUAACUUGUCUGUAAACAAUGCCACAAUAAACAUGAAUGUAAAACACCUUUAGUUUUAAUAGCCAGAAAUUAGAAAAAAACUAAAUACCUUCAAUAGAUGGAUAAAAUGGUAUAUCCACGUAAUAAAAUAUUAACAAUACAAGGAAAAACUAUUGACUGAACUUAGCUGUUAUAAGAGGAUCUGGCUAAAUGAAAUGGCACAGUUACAAAAGGUGGUAUUCUAGAAGAUUGCAUUUGCCUAAGAGUCUUGAAAUGACAAAUUUAUAGCAGAUUAGUUGUAGGGUAUGUCAGGAAUGUUAGAGAGACUGAAUAUGGCUGGGUAUGAUUAUACAGAGCACUAGAUGUCUGAGUAAAAUCUGUAUCUUGCCUGUGGUAGUAGUUAUAAUAAUUUGCGUAGUAGUUACUAAGAACUAGACAUGAAGUGAGAACAUCUAAAAGUGAUAAAUAAAUUAAGGUCUACAAAUACCAGGAUGUUUCUUAGUUUGGUAUUAUACCAUAGUUAUCUCACCCAAGGGCAAACAGGAAGGGUAUUCAGAACCUGCUUGUACUACAUUAUGUAAUUUCUUGUGAAUCUUAAUUAUUUUAAAAUAAAGGUCUAUAAAGCAUCAAAAGAUAGAUCCUCCAAUCCAUAAAAGCCUUUACUGGAAAAUAUCUCAUUUCACAAAAGGAACUUUCAGAAAUAAUUUUUUUGUAUAUGAAUAACCACAGAAGCAGCAAGGAUACAUAUAUGGUAAAAGACCUGGAUAUAAUGUAAAAACAAUUUUAAAUUCUCUAGCAUAAUAUACUAAUGUGAAGAUGAAAAGUAGCUAAAGUUCCUAACUAGACAAUUAAUGAAGAUAUGAAGUAGCUGCUGACAAAAAGAAAAAAAAAUAACCCAAAAAACCUGCAAAUGAAGACAGUAAUCAUGUUUUUAAACAGUACAAAUCUCCUAAAGCAAAACAGAGUGUACCAAAAAUGGAAAUGAAGUUAGAAAAUGAAACAGAAGUUAAUUUCAAAGUGAUGAAUAUGAAAGCCCAAGAAGACUAAAUAUAAUUAACUGGAGUUCAGAAGACAAGAUGGAACAUGAUUCUCAGGUUGAUCUGGAAUGAAGGACAGUUGAUAAUAAAAACUGGAUUGGUCUCUCCAAAAAGUUUGUGUUGUAAGACUAAAACCAACUGCUGCAAAUCAAAUUCUGUUCUCAAAAAGCACAAUUUCUUUGGACAGUUAAGGAAAUCUGAGUAUGUCUUGUUAUGAGGUAAUGUAACAGAUGUGGUAAUGUAUUUGUUUUGGAAAAUGUACUUAUUCUGAAGAGCAGCUAAGAUACUUAAGGGUAUGAUAAUAUUUGUAAUUUCAGAGGUUUAAAAUCCAUUAUAUAUGAAUAAAUAUACACAUAUAAAUAGGAUAUAACAAAAUAUUAGCUUAAAUUCAAGCACAGGAUGUACUUCUAAUGUUUGUUUGAAAAUUUACGUGGUAAAACGAACAGCAUGAACCUACACAUUUUGUUGUAAUUUAUUAAAACAUUACAAUUCUCAUGUCUUUUGGGGAAAAAUAUACCUAUACAGUCUCACAUUUAUUCAGUGUAGGAGGCAUCCAGGCUUCAGUUUACGAAAUACAAGUUUGUUGUGGUGGUGCCUCAGACUCUUGUGAUAGUACCCUGCUUGUUAAAUACAUCUAUUUCCUUUUCACCCUGAAAUCUGUGUCCCUCCAUUCUAUACAGAAUUACAAUUUGUCAAGUGACAAAUUCAGCCAUCUAUGAAGCUGUAACACAUUUAAAAAGCAAAGUCAAUCCAUAGUAUUUUUCCCUAUUCAGGUUGACUUCUAAGACAUAUCACUUACAUUCUCUAUGCCAGGAACCCUCAACAUCAUAAACACCUAACUCAUUUGACCUUUUCUCUAAGGUAACAACGUCCAGUCAAUUACAACAUGAAAACCAUUCCCUCAUAUGCCAUCUGUUCACAAAGCAUUCCUUGGUAAACUUCUCAUCCUGAUGUGAUAAAUAUGUAUAUAUCCCAUACCAUUUUUUUUCCUAUUGAUGUUUCAAAUAGAAAAUGUCUGUCUGAACCAGAGAAAUGUAUUGUUGCCACUCUUAGAGCAAUGUGAUAGUUUCUUUUACCCAUUUACUUAUGAAGAAACACAGAAUUUUGUACAUUUAUUCUGUGAAAUGGUCACACAUAAAAGAACUGGAAAAAAGGCCACAGAAUCAUGGUUAAUAUAUAUCUUUAUAAAUCAAUGAAAUGCAAAGUGUUAAGUACACUGUUGCCUUCUCCAAAAAGUUUUCAGUUCUGUCACAAACCUGUAAGCAACUGAGCAGCUUCUGUCUGUAUCUAAAGUCAAAACAAAACAAAAAUACAUUACACAUAAAUAGUGCAGCCUAACUUACACACUGAAGUUGAUAAAGUAGACUGGAUUCUAAGAGUUUCAACAUAUAAAAGACAGGACAUGGUAAGAGUAAGGUCUCUUGAUAGUGGUGAUUAGAUAAUACUCUAGUUCAUACCACUUAACCUUCCGUCCCAUCCCCGACACCCCACUCCCACAGUGUCAGAAACUGAACCAGGUCUUUGUGCAUGACAGGUAAGAUCUUUGGCUGAGCUGACUUUCAUGUUUUAAAAAGCACACCUGAUCUCAAUUAAAUAUACAUCAACUCUACAUGCAUUAAGCAACUUAUAACAUUUGGUGAUAGUAACUAAGGAGUUCUAAUGUUUAACUGUAAAGGUAAAUAUACAAAUGGGCACUUGUUCUUUCCAUAAUUCUAUGUAUGCAUUUAAACAAUUAUGCUUUUAAAAGAAGUUCUCAGUUCAUUUAUUUACUAAUGUCUCAAUGAAAGCCUAUCUGCCUUACUUUAUUACAGAUAUUUUACCUGUUUAUCUUCUUCUGUGUGUGCUGGAUAACCCUUGGCUUUUGCCAGCCAGAAAGCAGCAAGCUUUUUGUUGUUUAGCUUCAAGUAUGUCUUUCCUAACAGCAGCAAGUUUUUGCUGUAGAAGUUUGGAUCCACUGUACAUAAGGAGGAGAAACAAAGUCAGCUCCAGAGAAAUAGUGUUUUUAUUUUUAUAGGUUUAAAUUUUUUGGUCUAAAUUCUAAUAAAAUUGUGUCAUUAAACAAUGA